AUGUCUGCUCCUAUGGCAGUUGACAAAGCUAAGGGACCAAAGCUUGAUAUCGACGAGUUCCUCACUCUUGCCAUCUCCGAGACGCCACAAGAGUUGCACUUGUUCUUCGAUCUUUCCGGUCACUGUACAGCCCUGACGAACAAGCUCUUCGAAUUCUUCGACCAUCCGCUCACACGAGCAUACCGCGUCGAUGUCUUCAACAAGUUCGUACGCGACUUCGAGUCUAAGCUCAAUCAACUGAGGCUAGUGGAGAUGGGCGUGAAGGUCUCUCGGGAAAUCGACAACCCCGCAACGCAUCUGCAAUUUCUGACGGACCUCCUCGGGCGGGUCAACACGGAAAAGGCACCUGAGGCACACGUCCUCCUGCUUGCAACGCUCGCGCACGCGAAGCUCCUAUACGGCGAUCACGAGGGAACCAAGAAUGAUAUCGAUGCGGCAUGGAAGAUCCUGGACGAGCUAUCCGGCGUUGACCCGUCCGUGAACGCCGCGUACUAUGGCGUCGCCGCAGACUACUACAAGUCGAAAGCGGAAUAUGCCCCGUACUACAAAAAUUCGCUCCUCUAUCUCGCGUGCAUCGAUCUCGCAAAGGACCUCACCCCGGAGGAGCGCGUACUGCGUGCGCACGACCUGGGGCUCGCCGCCUUCCUGGGUGACACGAUCUACAACUUUGGUGAAUUGCUCAUGCACCCCAUUCUGGACGUGCUCGACAACACGGAGCACGAGUGGAUCAAGAAACUGUUGUUCACAUUCAACGAGGGCAAUAUCGGCAAAUUCGAAGCUCUCGCGCCCCUGUUCCCGAAAGAGAAAAUUCUGCUGGACAACUUCCCCUUCCUGCGACAGAAGAUCUGCUUGAUGGCGCUCAUCGAUUUGAAACUCAUCAAGGGCUCGCUCGACCAGGUGGACGCGAAGGCGCAGAUUACGUGGGUGCAGCCGCGGGUGCUCUCGAGGGAGCAAGUUGCACAGCUUGCGGAGAGGCUGAGCGUGUGGAACUCGAAGCUGCACAUGGUGGAGGAGCGGAUUGCCCCAGAGGUGCUCGUGAGCAGCUGA